AUGCCACCCAAGCUCCCCAGGGCGACCUUGGAGCAGAAGAUCCAGAUCCUUGACUACUACCAUGAGCUGAAGCGGCCCCAACUGGAGACGGUGGACAAGUUCAAGCGUGAGCUUCUGAUCCUGACGUCGUCUUUCAGCGAAUGGUUGAAGAACGAGGACGACUUGCGAGAACGGUACAAUCAAGCAGGAGCGUUUCUGAAGGCUUCGAAGCGGAAGGUUAAGUUCAAGUAUGAGAAGAUUAAUCAUGCGAUGGAUGCGUUGGUACAGCGGAAGUUGGCCAAGCAUGAGCCGAUCAAUGAGCCGAUUUUAAGGGAGUAUUGGUCUGUUUACGCGCACCAAUAUGGGGUUGAGGACCCUAAACGAUUGGUUGGUUUCAGUCAUGGUUGGCUCUCACAGUUCAAGAAAAGGCAUGGGUUGGAUAAGAAGAAGAUGAGUGGAAGCAAUGGAGCGUCUGUACUGGUGGUGGGAACUUCUUCUGCCAGUGGCGGUCCAGGCCCAGGAGUACGGUCCCGCGGCGGCGAUGGAACUUCGUCGUUAUCGGACGGCGAGACGUCUGCGUAUGAUACCAAUAAUUACGCGGGAGGACCUUCUGGAGAGCCUGGUCGGACCUCGUACGAUUUGAUGAACCCACAAGGUCCCAGGGGCCAGCUGGCCGUAGACCCAAAGCAACAGCAACAGCAGCAACAACAGCAGCAACAACAACAGCAACAACAACAGCAACAACAACAACAAACACAGCAAUCGCAACAGGCACAACAGACCCAACAGCAACAGAGCGGUGGAGUCGGUUCGACUGGUGGAGGUGGCUCUACGGCCACCGUGUCCUCGAAUGGCGUUCCACAGGCACAAGGAGUGCCGCCAUCUGUAGGCAAUACCGCUUCUGGAGGCGCCACGGGUGCUGGCGGCCAGGGAGUAGAGUCUCUCCCCUCGGUGAGGCCUGGUCAGACUGCGGGCCAGGCGCAGCACGGCCCCAAUGUGACCGGCCUGUCGGGCGCCCCUGGAGGACCGCCCGGAGGACCGUACCGCCAGCUGAUGGGGUUCAACGGCAAUUCCCCGAGUCUCAGUUACCCCAACUUUUCUCUCUACCAACAGGAGCAGCCACGUCAGCAAUAUAUUGGCACUCACAAGGAUCCGGGUGGGUACGAAUACCAGAGGCAGUUGAGGGCGACUUACGAGAAACAGAAGCAGCAACAGCAGCAACAGCAACAGCAACAACAAUUUGAUCUGCCUCUCCAGCAACAACAACAGCAACCGCUUCAGCAGCAACUCCACGCACAUGCUCAGGCCCAGGCCCAAGCCCAGGCCCAAGCACAAGCCCAAGCUCAAGCACAAGCACAAGCCCAAGCUCAAGCCCAGGCCCAGGCCCAGGCCCAGGCACAAGCACAAGCGCAAGCACAAGCACAAGCGCAAGCGCAAGCUCAGGCCCAGGCACAAGCCCAGGCACAAGCACAAGCACAAGCACAAGUAGCACAAGGGCAACUUUCUGGCCAAUCGAGUGUUUCAGGACUUUCAGGCCACCCUAGUCUUUCAGGACCAUCAGGACAGCCUGGACGUAACCGUCCGAUUGCCUCGACCCCUGCCACAACAAACGAAAUCCUGUCUAUUUCUGCGUCUGACAUAGAGCGGUUCAUCUAUAUGUUUGCCGACCGGUUUUUCGCCGACCACCAAUAUGAAUAUCCUCAAACAGUCAAGAUUUUCCAUGAGUUCAAGAAUUCCUUCUUCAAUGAGCGGAUCAUCAGCAUGCGGUCCAUCCAACAGCAAUUGCUUCAGGAGGCAGCACAAACACAGCAGCUGCAGCAACAACAGCACCUCCAGUCACACCUCCAGCCCCAUCAGCAAACACAGGUGAGCCACCAGCAGUUGAACGGGAUCGACGAGUUCUUCUUACGUAACGCGGUACUGGGAGGCCCUGGAGAAGCAGGGAAUGACGUGUUGAACGGUCGUUUGGUACGUCCUGGCGGUAGUGUUGGAGGAGGAAGCGUAGUAAGCGUAGGAGCCGGCACAGGAGCAGGAGCAGGCGGAGCAGGAGGUAGCGGAGCAGAGGAGGCUGCAGCGGCACUUUCGGCAGUGGCUGCAAGUGCUAACGGAGGUGCUACGAAUGGCGGCUCCACCAAUGGGAAUGGCAACAGUGCCAACACAAGUAAUAAGCGAUGA